AUGGACGCGGAGGAGAACGAGCGAUUCUCGUCGCUCGCGCUCUUCCUAGUGCUCUUCCUACUGAUUGGUAGUUUUCUAACGAGCUACUACUUGAAAGUGAAGCGCAUCACGGCGGUGCACGAGACGAUUGUCGGGCUGUUUGCCGGCAUGUUUGUCGGCAUAGUGCUGCGUCUGAAUGUGCUGCAGCCUGUGCGUGCGAUGCUGGGCUUUAGCAAUACCAUCAUGAUGAAUGUGCUGCUUCCGCCCAUCAUCCUCGCGAGUGGCUACGACUUGCGGCAGGCCAAGUUCUUCCGCAACUUUGGCACGAUUCUGACGUUUGCCUUCUUUGGCACGUUUAUCAGUGCGAUCGUGAUUGGUGUUAUCGUAUGGGUCGCCUCCCUCCUGCACCUCGAGUCGCCACGCCUCACGCUGCUCGAGUGCCUCAUUUUUGGCAGCACGCUCAGUGCGACGGACCCCGUGACGAUUCUUGCGAUCUUUAACACGUACCGUGUGGACCCCCAGCUGUACAGCAUCAUCUUUGGCGAGAGUAUCCUGAACGAUGCCGUGUCGAUCGUCAUGUUCGAGACCUUGUCCAAGUUCCGCAACACGACCAUCACACUCUUCUCGCUAUUUCACGGUGUGGGCCUGUUCUGGGUCGUCUUUUCGCUGAGUAUGAUCCUCGGCGUGGCAUUCGGCCUGUCGUGCUCGCUCCUGCUCAAGCACUCGCGCCUCGGACUGUACCCCGAGCUGGAGAGCUGUAUCGUGAUGCUGCUGGCGUACACGAGCUACUUCUUCAGCAAUGCGGUGCAGAUGAGCGGGAUCGUGUCGCUGCUUUUCUGUGGUAUCACGCUCAAACACUAUGCGUACCACAACAUGUCGCUGCGCACGCAGCGGACGACCAAGUACAUCUUCCAGACGCUCGCGAGCCUCUCGGAGAACUUUAUCUUUAUCUACCUUGGUCUGAGCCUCUUUACUGGAGAAGGGCUCGUGUACAAGCCCCUGCUCAUCAUCUUUACGCUCGCCGCAGUGGUCGUGUCGCGCUACUGCGCCGUGUUCCCGAUCGCUUACGCGCUGAACCGCCUCGCCGACCUCCGGGCCAAGCACCGCCAGCGCACGAGCGGCGCGGGCCUGCCAGAGGCCACGUUCGAGCUCCCCCGCGAGUACCAGCUUAUGCUCUUUUGGGCGGGCCUGCGUGGCGCGGUCGGCUUUGCGCUGAGUGCAGGCAUCGAAGGGACCAAUGCGAGUGCGCUGCAGACAACCGUCCUCGUCGCCGUGGUCCUGACCGUGAUUGUCUUUGGCGGGACGACCGCGCAGAUGCUCGAGGUCCUCCAGAUCCAGACCGGCGUCGAGGACGACGAGGACGAAGGGUCGGUCGCCGACCCCGACGAGGACCCCGACACGCAGCCGUGGAUCGCUGCGCCCCGCUUUCCCUCGCAGCUGCGCACGCGUGCGACGCCCGCCGGGCGCUACCGCGAUGCGAGCCUCGGCGAGGUCCGGUCGCCGAUCGACCUGAACGAGGUGCUGCCCGACUCUGCGCAGGACGGGCCCCAAGCGAUGGUCGCCGGCCCCGGCGGACUGCGCAGCCUAACCCGCGACGAGGUCGAGGACACGGACGAGACAGGCGAAGUGCCGACGCGCACCCGCCACGUGCUCGACCGCGCGAACCUCAUCUUCCAGGAUGGGCAGUGGUUCCAGCGGAUCGACGAGCGCUACCUGCUGCCCAUGUUUAGCAACUCUGUGGCCAACCGCAAGCAUGAGCAGCGCAAGGAGCAGCUGCAGGCACGCCGCGCAGCGACUCGCGACUUUGUCGAGGAGUCGAGCGCCGCAUGGGCGAACGUCAGCGUGCCGUACGAGCGCGAGGCGGAGCUCGACGGAGACGGGCGCGACUCGCCCAAGGACAAGACGCAUUAG